CAUUCAAAUAUUAUCAUGAACUGUGCAGCAAUUCAUUAUGUGUAGCCCAGUACUUCCAUUCUAUUUCCAUUGUGCACCUGUACUGUGUGCUGCUGAGAUUUGCAGGGGGGCAGUUGUUUUCCUGUUUUGCUGGGACUCCCUUCCUGGCUACACUGCUGUGCCUCAGUUUCCCUUCUUUGAGGAAAGCCAGCUCCACACGGCUGCGUGUCAAAUGAAAGCAGCUCCCCUCCCAGGGUCAUGCCCCCAUAGAGAGCAUUCACCCUCAACCCUCGCAUCCUGGCUCUCCCUGAGACUUUGCAGCCUCCAGAAUUCACCAGCUCGUCCCACCAGAGCCUCUAACUGAUCUCUCUUCCCUGGCUCAUCACAAUCCCCUUGGCUUUCCCUGUCCUCACACCAAAGCCUUGUCUACUAUGGCUUUCCCUGCCAGUUCAGCUUUCUGCUGCCCUGCAGUGCGGCACCUCCCUCCCCUGCUUUAGCUAGUCCCCACAGGCAGGCCCCUGGCCACUCCUAAAUGCCCUUGCACUGAUUGCAACCAGCUGCCGCUCUUCCCAGGCCAAAAGUAUUAACUCCUUCCUGCCAGGCUAGGGAUGGCUUCUGCACACCCCGGCAGGCACAAAGGGCCUGCAAAUUGUGUCUCUGCAUUUGUCACACUAACUUGCAAGCUGGCUGACCAGCUCUGCCCUCCAAGCUGACAACAACAAGAACACCGAUUCUGUCCCAAGCUAGGAGUGUUAGUCCCAAUCAGGAGCUACAUUUUGUUUCUGAUAAAAAGAACAGGAGUACUUGUGGCACCUUAGAGACUAACAAAUUUAUUAGAGCAUAAGCUUUCGUGGACUACAGCCCACGAUGAACCUCCCAGCAGGUAGCCUUAACAGCAGUAACAUAAGAAUUAAGGAGAAGAUGGAAAUCAAAGUUUGUUGGCAUGAUUAAGUAGCUGGACCAGGACUUUGUUUAUUACACAGCGUGGUGCAUCUUCCAUGUACAGGUCAACCACAUGCAGCCUGACCAACUCCUCCGCCUCGCUGCCUUGCCACAUGCCCCCAGAAUAAAGGGAAAGUGUUCCUGGAAAAAAUUCUCCCAAAUCUCUGCAGCAGUUGCUCUUAAUUACCGCUCCCGUGAGGUCGUGCUAAAUGUUCUGCCCAAGGGACUAAUAGCUGUAUUCAAAGCAGGCGACUCAUUUUAAAAAGAAACAUUAGUCAUUGUUUGCUGCUCACUCAGGAGGACUACAACUCCCAGCAAGGCACUGCAAAUUCCCUAGAAUAGGAGCGGUGCAGCUAAUGCCCAGGGUGAGCUAAUGUUGAUGGCAUCCUCAGGAGAACGGAUGGGGCUGGCAAUGCCAGGGUGCGUCGGCUCUGCCCGUAUGCCAGCUGUUUUCCAACUCCACCAGCAUUUCCCAGCCUCUUUCUCUCUCCCGGCUUUGUUUCUCUGCCUUGUGUUUUACCCUUUCCCCGGUAGCUUUUAGAGCCCUGACACAGACUUCCUGUGAGUCAGCACAGCAGACAUUUGGAGGAGAAUAACUGAUGGGCAGAGCCACAGUGUGUUUGGGUGACAAAAAGCGAGAGGUCUGGACUCUGCGUUAGUUGCCAAGUUACCUCUGACCGAAAAAUCCUCAUCUGACUAAUUCUUAGAGAACAAAAGCAGAUGAAAGCCCAACAGUUUCAAAUAAGGAGAAGCAUCCGGAGGAGAGGACUAAAAACGGGAGCCCCCUCAGGAAACAAAAUGAGGAAGGAGAAGUGGGAGCAUGCCGAGGCGAGGUAAAAAUCUUCAUGAGUCAGGAUAAAGCCAAGAAAGAGCAAAGCCCAGCCGAAAACAGAUGUGACACACCCAUUCCCUGCGAAUGAAGCUUCCAUAACAGCCCAGCGGCCUGGUCCGCCAGGGCAACCUGGGAGCAGAGCAGCGGUACAAUGGAAAUCCUUAAACUAGACGCACCAGAGAGACAGGGGCCAUGCACCAAAUAUGGGGAAAGCAUUGAUCAGAUGGUAGAUCUGACAGCCCACCGGAGAGCCCGGCAUGGCAAGCGUGAUGGAGAUGAGAAAAGCACCACGCAGCCGGGAGAGAGAGCAAAUGAGUAUGCCAAAUGUGGGAAACGCUUUGUUAAGAAGGGGAAUCUCACAGCCCAUCGGAGACCUCACAGGAGACAGGGCCCUGAGGAAGCCAGUGGGUGUGAGGGAAAUCCAACAGCAACAGGAGAUCUCACAGCCCAUCAGAGACCUCUCAGGAGACAAGGCCCACAGGAACCCAAGGGGUGUGAGGGAAAUCUGACAGGAGAUCUCGUAAGACACAAGACAAGCACCACAGAAGCGGAACCAUCCCCUGGCCUGGAAGUUGAGGAAAGCCACCAGGGAGCGCUCUGCGCCCCAAGGGGAGGCCUGAGGAGAAAGCGGACUCACGUGUGCUCUGAGUGUGGGAAGAAGUUCAGCAAGAAGGGCAACCUCACCAAGCAUCAGCGCACCCACCGGGACGAGAGGCCGUUCAGGUGCAGCCAGUGCCAGAAGACCUUCUUUGUGAGGUCCCAGCUCGCCCAGCACGAGAGGAUCCACACGGGGGAGCGGCCGUACAAGUGCGCCGAGUGCGGCAAGCGCUUUACCCAGAAGUCCAACAUCAUCAUCCACCAGAGGAUCCACACGGGGGAGCGGCCCUUUAAAUGCGCUGACUGCGGGAAGAGCUUCAUCGACAAGUCCCAGCUCAUCACGCACCGCCGGACCCACACGGGGGAGCGGCCCUUCGCAUGCAGCGAGUGCGGGAAGGGGUUCCGGCAGAAGAUCACCCUGAUCACGCACCAGAGAAUCCACACCAGGGAGGAGCCCUACACCUGUCCUCAGUGCAGCAAGAGCUUCAGCCAGAAGGCCAACCUCAUGAGGCACCAGCUGAUCCACACGCGGGAGGGGCCGUACAUAUGCACUGAGUGCGGGGAGAGCUACAGUGCCAUCAGGCACCUGAAGAGGCACCAGCUGAGCCACGCCGGGGAAAGGCCCCACGUGUGCACCAAAUGCGGGAAGAACUUCACCCGCAAAUCAAGCCUCAACAGGCACCAAGAGAUCCACGUCAACGACAGGCCUUAUGCGGUGGUGGUAGCAGAAAACCUCACCGUGGUCUAUGAGAUAAUGCAGGUCCCACUCUAGCACUAGGGGUGGGGUCGGGGACGUUGAGUUGCAAUGCAGAUUUCCUCCGUGUCACUUGUAGGAGGUGCUCAGAAGCUCCCCGGCGGCUGCUCUCUCUCUUCAGCUGCCAUGGAGUCUAAAAUACCUGAAAAUCCAGCAGAGGGCAAAGAGCAUGGGCUGGGUCCUUGCCGCUGUUUUAAUUUGUGUUUUUCUUGCACGGUAAUAAAUAAUCAAUCUGUGCAUUGCUUUUGGAGGGAGAGUUAGAGGAGAAUGGAGGAGGAGGAGAAGUAGGUGACAGCAGCACUGUCCCUCCCUCUGAAGGAAUCAAGGUGACACUCUGCAGUCUGUUAGAAAACACGUUGGUCCCUAGACACCAUGGCUGCUUGAGACGCAAGGUUGGGGGCCAGGCCUGGGGUGACUAAAUAUUCAGGUUCAUGCCAUGGCUCCUACCUGGAGGUACAGUCUGAGCGCACAGCCUCUUCUCUGCAUUGGCAGAGAGGUUCUUGAGAAAUUUUCCCACCAACGCUUCCUUGGUGGAGGAAGGAGGGUGUCUUUGUUUAAUAUAUGGUGUUAGCUUCUGGGCCCACAUAGUUGGUUUUCUCUUGCCGCCCUUGUUCUUGGUGUCAUUUCCCACACCGCCUGCACCUGCCCCAAACCCUAGCGUUCGUGCCACUUUCCAGAUGUGUCUGAAAAUAGCCCUCCUUCAUACAGCUCCCCAGUGGAUGUCCAGGCCUCAUUAGCGCGUGCUGUCUGCUGAUUGACAUAUGCUAAUAUGCACCUAGUGGAUGUUUCUGCCUAGACCUGAGCACCCAAGGAAUUUGCAUGGGCCCUUCUGAAAACCCCACAGAGCACUGAGUACAAGGCCUGUCCAAAACCCACCUUUAAAAAUCCCUUGGUCACCCCAAAUCCUACCAGAGUCCCUUGGAUGGGGCCCCAAAUCGCUAUUGGCACCUGCCCUGGCUUUUGAAAAUUAUCCAAAGCUCCUUAGCAAGAGAGCUGGGAUUGGAACUCUGCAACUGGUAGCAUGACUUAGUUGGGGAUUGGUCCUGCUUUGAGCAGGGGGUUGGACUAGAUGACCUCCUGAGGUCCCUUCCAACCCUGAUAGUCUAGGAUUCUAUGAUCUACCUUCCUACUUAUUCCACUAGCCCUCACUGCAGUGCCAGUUAGAGCUAGUAUCGCUAAAGCUGUCCUCUCUUUGCAUUAAAAUGCCUAGCAAGCAGGUUGCACAAGAUCAGCGAUUUGGCUUCCAUGCACUGAUUUAGGAACCUAAAUGUUGUUAGGGUAGCUGAGAGACUGAUCGUCGCUCAGCAAUUUUCCAAACAGAUCCUUCCAUCAGGUUAUACUGUAUGCUUCCAACCCUUUUGGCAACCCUUAAGCCUCUCCCACAGCCAGCUUUGUGCAAACCUCAGCUCAUGCAACGCCACUUGCAAAAGAAAGGGGCUUUUCUAAUAAACAUUCCCAGGUUACUGUCUUAGGCCUUGUCCAAGUUGUGUUGUGUGAACAAUACUGGUAUAAGAGUAGCAGACAUGUGAGUCUGUAUCCGCAAAAAGAACAGGAGUACUUGUGGCACC